AUGGCUGACAACGACAAGCUGGACAACCAGCGGCUGAAGAACUUCAAGAACAAAGGGCGCGACUUAGAGAGCAUGAGAAGACAGAGAAAUGAAGUUGUUGUUGAACUAAGAAAGAAUAAAAGGGAUGAGCAUUUGUUGAAAAGGAGAAAUGUUCCCCAGGAGGAUGUCUGUGAGGAUUCGGAUGUGGACUCAGAAUUCAAAGUGCAAAACACAUCUUUGGAAGCAAUUGUGCAGAAUGCGUCUAGUGACCACCAAGGAAUUCAACUUAGUGCUGUCCAGGCUGCAAGGAAACUUUUAUCCAGCGAUCGGAAUCCACCAAUUGAUGAUUUGAUUAAAUCUGGAAUUUUACCAAUCUUGGUUCACUGUCUGGAAAGAGAUGACAACCCUUCUCUCCAAUUUGAAGCUGCUUGGGCUCUAACAAACAUAGCUUCGGGAACAUCUGAACAAACGCAAGCGGUGGUCCAAUCACAUGCGGUUCCUCUUUUCUUGAGGCUUCUGCAUUCUCCUCAUCAGAAUGUAUGUGAACAAGCUGUGUGGGCAUUGGGGAAUAUAAUUGGUGAUGGGCCUCAGUGUCGGGAUUAUGUUAUCAGCCUUGGAGUGGUCAAGCCUUUGCUGUCUUUCAUCAGCCCCACUAUUCCCAUUACCUUCUUGAGAAAUGUCACCUGGGUAAUGGUAAAUCUGUGUCGCCAUAAAGAUCCUCCUCCACCUAUGGAAACCAUACAGGAGAUUCUUCCAGCGCUGUGUGUCCUUAUCCACCACACAGAUGUAAAUAUUUUGGUAGACACUGUUUGGGCUCUUUCCUAUUUAACGGAUGCUGGUAAUGAACAAAUACAGAUGGUAAUAGACUCUGGAAUCGUGACAAACCUGGUUCCUCUUCUAAGUAACCCAGAGGUGAAAGUGCAGACUGCUGCUUUAAGAGCUGUAGGUAACAUUGUCACUGGCACAGAUGAGCAAACGCAAGUUGUUCUGAACUGUGAUGCUCUGUCACACUUCCCAGCCUUGCUUACUCAUGUAAAGGAAAAGAUUAACAAGGAGGCAGUCUGGUUUUUGUCCAACAUCACGGCCGGAAAUCAACAACAAGUUCAAGCUGUUAUUGAUGCUAACCUUGUGCCAAUGAUCAUACACUUAUUGGAUAAGGGUGACUUUGGAACUCAGAAAGAGGCUGCAUGGGCAAUAAGCAAUUUAACAAUCAGUGGAAGGAAAGAUCAAGUGGCAUAUCUUAUCCAACAGAAUGUAAUUCCUCCUUUCUGUAAUCUGCUGACUGUAAAAGAUGCCCAGGUCAUACAAGUAGUGUUGGACGGUUUAAGCAAUAUAUUGAAAAUGGCAGAUGAUGAGGCUGAGACCAUAGCCAACCUUAUUGAGGAGUGUGGAGGUCUGGAGAAGAUUGAACAGCUGCAAAGCCAUGAGAAUGAAGAUAUCUACAAACUGGCUUUUGAAAUAAUUGACCAGUUUUUCUCAUCAGAUAUUGAUGAAGAUUCUAGCCUUGUUCCAGAGACAAUACAAGGUGGAACAUUCAAUUUCAAUUCGUCUGCCAACGUACCAGCAGAAGGGUUUCAUUUCUAG